GUAAGUGAGUCGAUAGGAAGACUGGGCAUGCUCUGUGGCGGCGCAGGUCUUGGUCACAAGUAGGAAGAAGCUAGUGCACGACACCGGUAAAGAGAAGCGAGAGCCGCUGCCGCACCGUGCCUGUGGGGUCCGUCGCUGCCGCCUCGGAGCAGGAGCGGGGCGGGAGCCGGAGCGGGCAAGGGGCGAGGCCGCCGGGCCGAGAGCCGCCCAGCCUGCCCUCCCGUCCUCUGCCUCUGUGUCCGCGCGGCGCGCCGGACCCCUGAGUCGGUCACCUGGGCGGCAAGGACCCCGCGCAGAGGAGCGGAGCGGACCGUCCCUCCGCCGGCUGCGGCCCAAGGGCGCCCCCGCGGGGCGGAGCAGCCGCUGCCGCCGCCGCCUUCUGCGGGCAGCUGAGUGUCCGGCUCGCGUCUGAGCGAGCGGCCGCCGUCAGCCCCGAGGAGAAGGAGGAGGGGGCAGCCAUGGGGCUGCUGUCCCAGGGCUCGCCGCUGAGCUGGGAGGAGACCAAGCGCCACGCCGACCACGUGCGGCGGCACGGGAUCCUCCAGUUCCUGCACAUCUACCACGCCGUCAAGGACCGGCACAAGGACGUGCUCAAGUGGGGCGACGAGGUGGAAUACAUGUUGGUGUCUUUUGAUCAUGAAAAUAAGAAAGUCCGGUUGGUCCUGUCCGGAGAGGAAGUUCUUGAAACUCUACAAGAAAAGGGGGAAAGGACAAACCCAAACCAUCCUACCCUGUGGAGACCAGAGUAUGGCAGUUACAUGAUUGAAGGUACACCCGGACAGCCGUAUGGAGGAACAAUGUCCGAGUUCAACACAGUCGAAGACAACAUGAGGAAACGUCGGAAGGAAGCGACUUCUUUAUUAGGAGAAAACCAGGCUCUCUGCACAAUAACUUCAUUUCCCAGAUUAGGCUGUCCUGGGUUCACGCUGCCAGAGUUCAAACCCAGUCCAGUUGAAGGAGGAGCUUCCAAGUCCCUCUUCUUUCCUGAUGAAGCCAUAAACAAGCACCCCCGCUUCAGUACCCUAACAAGAAAUAUCCGACACAGGAGAGGAGAAAAGGUUGUCAUCAAUGUACCAAUAUUUAAGGACAAGAAUACACCCUCUCCAUUUAUAGAAGCAUUUCCUGAGGAUGAGGAGGCAGCCAAGGCUUCUAAGCCUGAUCAUAUUUACAUGGAUGCCAUGGGAUUUGGGAUGGGCAAUUGCUGUCUUCAGGUAACGUUCCAAGCCUGCAGCAUAUCUGAGGCCAGAUACCUGUACGAUCAGUUGGCCACUAUCUGUCCAAUUGUCAUGGCUUUGAGCGCUGCAUCUCCUUUUUACCGAGGCUAUGUGUCUGACAUUGAUUGUCGCUGGGGAGUGAUUUCUGCAUCUGUAGAUGAUAGAACUCGGGAGGAGAGAGGACUGGAGCCACUGAAGAACAAUAACUAUAGGAUCAGUAAGUCCCGAUAUGAUUCGAUAGACAGUUACUUAUCUGAGUGCGGUGAGAAGUACAAUGACAUCGACUUGACGAUAGAUAAAGAAAUCUACGAACAACUGUUGCAGGAAGGCAUUGAUCGUCUCCUGGCCCAGCAUGUUGCUCAUCUCUUCAUUAGAGACCCACUGACUCUGUUCGAAGAGAAAAUACACUUGGAUGAUGCCAAUGAAUCUGACCAUUUUGAGAAUAUUCAGUCCACAAAUUGGCAGACGAUGAGAUUUAAACCCCCUCCUCCAAACUCAGAUAUUGGAUGGAGAGUAGAAUUCCGACCCAUGGAGGUUCAGUUAACAGACUUUGAGAACUCUGCAUAUGUGGUGUUUGUGGUGCUGCUUACCAGAGUGAUCCUUUCAUACAAACUGGAUUUUCUCAUUCCACUAUCAAAGGUUGAUGAAAACAUGAAAGUUGCACAGAAACGCGAUGCUGUCUUGCAGGGAAUGUUUUAUUUCAGGAAAGAUAUUUGCAAAGGUGGCACCACCAUGGUGGACGGCUACAGCAAGGCCCAGAACAGCACGGAACAGGCAGUAGAGGAGUACACCCUGAUGAGCAUAGACACCAUCAUCAACGGGAAGGAAGCUGUGUUUCCUGGGCUGAUCCCAAUUCUGAACUCUUACCUUGAAAACAUGGAAGUGGAUGUGGACACCAGAUGCAGUAUUCUGAACUACCUAAAGCUAAUUAAGAAGAGAGCAUCUGGAGAACUAAUGACAGUUGCCAGGUGGAUGAGAGAGUUUAUCGCAAACCAUCCUGACUACAAGCAAGACAGUGUGAUAACUGAUGAAAUGAACUAUAGCCUUAUUUUAAAGUGUAACCAAAUUGCAAAUGAAUUAUGUGAAUGCCCAGAGUUACUUGGACCAGCAUUAAGGAAAGUAAAAUACAGUGGAAGUAAAACUGACUCUUCCAACUAGACCUUCUGCCGAAGGAAAAACACAUUACUAUUUUAUUGGAGAACUGACUGCAGUACUCCUCAGCCCGUGUGUGGGAUGAAGACCAAAUUCUAGAAUGGCACUGUUGGGCCAGUCGGCCAGAGAUGGGUUUAGAGGCUUUCCUUCAGUAGGUAAAUCUAGAGUUUAUACAGCAUACAUGUACAUAGUAAAAUAUUUUUAUGAUUAACAAUGUAUUUUAAUAACAUUGUAUCUAAAGUCCUUGUGAACCGGCUUGUACAUUUUUCAGUUCUUACUCUGGAAUACCUACCGUCUGAGCAGUUUUGUAAAUGUAAUGUACUUGUCACUGUACUAUACCUGCAUUCCAGAGUUUAAGAUGUUUACUGUAAAUUUUUGGUUUUUUUUUUUUUUAAAGACUUUACCUGGGACCUGAUUCACUGAAAUUUAUCACUUCUCUUUAAAAAAAGUUAGUCUUGUUAAUUUUCUUUGAGUCUUCUCCUUUGUUGUGUACUUAAAAUCACUAUUGAAUCCCUUGAAAUGCUUCCAGGGUAACCUUGGGUUUCUGGCACCUUGUCUCUAAUGUUUCUUUUGUAAUUGAAAUAGCUAACAGCUUGGUCACCCUGCCUCAAGCUUUCACCUCUAAAUAAAAUCCAUUGAACUGAAGGCUGUUAUAAAAGGUACUCCUUUGUUUAAAUUUGCUGAUUUAGGCAUUAAGUUUAAAGAGCAGUCUGUAGAAAGAAAGACUAUUACUUUGAAUUCACCUGUGGUGAACUGGGGGGGUGAUUUUUUUUUUUAAUUAUUAAAAAAAGGGGCAGAAUUCUCUUCCUGUACAUACCAGGAGUAAUGUCAGAAAUAGCACCAGCCCUUCUGUUGUGGCCCCUGUUGGUUCUGAUCGCUGCUAUAUAUAUACUUCAAUUUUCAAAUCAAAAGCAGUUGCUCAAGUCUUUUUGUUACUUUUUCUCUAGUUUCCAGUAAACAUAUUGACAUUCUCCUAAAGACCAUUCUAGAUUUUACCUGGGAAAUACUCCCCAUAAUACUUACCUUCUCUAUGAAAACCAUGAAUGAAUCAUGAUGUGCACUAAGUUUUGUGAAUCAGGACCCUACAUGUUCAAUUGUAAAUAAUUUAAGUUUACAUAAUUGUUAGUGCUUUUUGUUGGUUUUUUUUUUCCCCAAUUAGUUAGGUCCUAACUGCUUCUGAAAUAACUAUGUAUAGCAGAUUAUGCAAACUUUUAUAGGCAUAAAUAUUUAAGUUGUAAUGCUAAUUUUAACAAACUGCGAUAAAGCUGCUUCAGCUAAGCCUGUUUGUGUAUAAAUACUAUGCUUUGUGCGAUGUUUCAUACAUGUAUUUUGAAGGAUUUAAGAAUGCCUGUUUUUCAUUUGCAGUUUGCUUGUAUAAAUCAGGUUGUAAAAAGGCAGAUGAACUAAAAAUGUUUGUGGUAUGAGGAAAUAAAAGAAUGGAAUUAGCAUUCUGA